AUGGUGCUGAUGACCAACCCCCCCAGCAGCUUUGGAUGCCAUGUGCAAGCAGCGCUCUUAAGGCCGUGGACUAUCUGUUUCAUUUUUAGGACGCCUCUGCAUCUUGCUUCUGCGAAUGGCCACGCAGAUGUCAUUCGAUAUCUAGCAGGAAAGAGCUGCAAGCUGGAUGUGGCUGAUAACUUAAAAAGAACGCCACUGAUGAGGGCAGUACAGUGCCAGCAAAAGAAAUGUGUGGCUGUUCUGCUAGAACAUGGUGCUGACCCAAAUCUGGCAGAUGCUGAUGGCAACACUGCCCUUCACCUGGCUGUCCUGUCUGGUAACACCACUGUAGCAGGGCUGUUGCUUGAGCACAAUGCCAGUAGUGAUGCUGAGAACCAGGAGGGAUAUACCCCCUUAAAUCUUGUCUCCAAGCAGCAUGAAGAAAUGCUGCAGUGUCUUCUAGGAAAAGCAGGUGAUGGGUAUGCUGCUGAGCAGUGUGAAAGGACUGCUCUUGCGGUUACUACAAGCCAUGAGGCUGAUGUGGAGGAAGAGAACCUGCGCUUGCAGGAAGAGAACCUGCACUUGCAGGAAGACAAGCUGCACUUGCAAGGAGAGUUGGAGAAGGUUAAAGUGGAGUUGCAGGAGAUGGAAGAGAAAUAUCUAAAUUCUGAGCGUUGUGUUCAGAACUUGAUGGCUGCCUCGGAUGAGAAAGAGAGACAAUGA